AUGAGCAAGGACACGCUCGCUGCGACUGCCUCGAUCUGGUCAAGGCUCCCAAACGAGGAGAAGCCGUCGACGCGCGGACGCCUCUCGCCCUCGUCCCGCUCGACAGACUCGCACUCGUCAGCCCCUCCCACCCACUCGAACGGCCUCAAACCACCGUCCUCGCUCGCCCCCCACUCAUCUCUCCAACCCACUCACCAACUCCCUCACGCGCACUCGCACUCUCACGCGAACGACUUUGUACCCUCCCCGCGCUCAUCAGUAUCGAGCUCGUCCUUCUCGGCCACUCCCGAGUCGAGCAACUCGCCCCGCGACCGCCUCGCAGGUUCGAAAGGACUCGCUCCGCCGCCUUCGUCGUCGUCCACCAGCGCGUCACGCUUCUCGAGUCCGCAGUUUGCGAGCUCGUUGGGACUGUAUCAGGAACAGGCGACGGGCGCGGUGAGCGAGUACACGGCGCACGCGACGAACGGACAGGCGGCGAGUGCAGCAGCCCCUCCCACCUCCCGCGGCCCGACCUCCCCUCCUCCCGCCUCGAACCAGCCCCUCCUCGCCGAGAUCUUCUCCGGCAACCCACGUCCUCACUACCGUCCUUCGCUAUCAACCUCCGCCUUCUCUCCACACCAACAACUCCCCUCGCACUCCUCUGCCUCUCCUCGCUCCGACAGCGGCGCAGCGCUCACCUCUCCCCCGAUCGUCCCAGAAGGACGAAGCUAUUUCGCCCCGCCGCCGCCUGACUCGGCGCACGGAAGAGCGAGGAGUCAUUCGAUUGCCGGGAUCGAGAAACCUGCUGCGCCGAUGAACUUGCGUGGUGCGGGACCUCCCCCGGCUGGAGGAGCGGGAGGGGCGGACCAACAUGGGUUCCGGCACUCGUCGACUCUCACGAGCGCCGGAGGACACUUCUCUGCUUCGCUUCCUACUACGUCGGCAGUCGGUAGUCCGACGUACGCCUACUCGGCUUUCACGCCUGGCCCGCCUGCGGCCGCCUCGAAGCGCGACUUGAGCGCCUCCCCCUCUCGCCCCGCUUACUCGCCCUUCGACUCGUCUACUACGACGAGUACGGGAUGGAAGCCCUCGGGAAACAGCGGGUUGUCGCACUCGUUCAGCGCGGGGUGGAACGACGAAGUUGGGUCUGCGGGAGGAGCGGGAGGAGCGGGAGCAAGGGAAGGAAGGUCGAGGUUCCGCGACCAGUGGGCUUCGUCAGGCGCGAGCGGGACCGCGCUCUCAACCAGCGCGAGUUCGGCGGGCGGAGGUGGCGGAAUCGGAAUGAGCAACAUGAGUCCCUUUUCGCGCGACGGGGCCCGGCUCCUCCCCGACCUUCCUUCGCCCUUCGGCGGUCCCGGUUCCUCGUCGCUCACUUCCGGCGAAUGGGGCGGAUUGGGCGGCUCGGCGGCGUACAAGACUCGGAGGGAGUACGCGCUCGGAGCGGUCGGGAGUGGGCGGAAGAGGAGUGAUUCGGCUUGGGCCCGUUCGGCGUUGCACGAAGCGGAGGAGGACCUCGAGGGCGGGGACGAGUCGCUUCAUCCGCCUACGAAGAGCGGAGCGACGAGUAGGAGGCACUCGUUCGCGGCGUUCGAGCCGCCGAGUAGGGGGUCAACGAUGCAGCUUGGAUUUCACUUGCCGGAGGAGCCUGCGGUUCCGAGCGCAGGAGGCGCAGGAGGGUUCGGACCGCUCGUCGAUCCUGCGCCGGCGUCGAACGGCUGGGGCGGCGGCGGACGCGGACUCGGCUCGUCAGCGAUCAACGACGACGACCUCGCUGCGGACCUCAACUCGUUGCACUUGAACCUCGAAGCGCACGCUGCGACACAGGACGAGCGAAAGACGAGGUUUGCGCAUGUAGGGAGCAUGCCGGCGGAUUUCCCGCCAAAGAGGUCGAGUCGCGCGUUGGAUCAGUCGAGGUCGCCGCCGCCUCCCCCUGCGCAGCCACCUGCGUCGCAGCCGCCGGUUGUCUCGCUUCCCCCGUCUAUUCCUUCGUCGUCUUCGACACUCUCGACGGCGACCGCGACGCCCACCCCGUACGGCCAGUCGACGACUUCGCCUCGUCCGUCGGGCGACUCGUUCAACCCCACUCUCUCGGCGUCGGCCGCCUCGCGCUUCUUCCAGGGCUUGCCGGCUCCGACGCCUCUCCCGCCUGCGACGACCACCGCGACUGCGACAGCCACCGCCUCGCCCGGACUCGGCGGCUCAUCUCGCUUCGGCUUCGACCAGCAACAGCAGCAGCAGCAGCGCGGCGCGCACUUCGGACGCUUCGGCGGCCUCCCUCCGCCCGUCCCGCCUCCGACGACCCAACACCCGUUCUUUGCGCCUGCAACGACGACUGGCCCGCUCUCGCCUCGCGGGACGGCGGCGUUCCCGCCUAUCCCGCCUCCGCCGUUCCCUGGUUUCGGACCGGGCGUCUCGCCUGCGAUCCCCCCGCCCCAUUUGCCGGGUCAGCAUUACCAGCAACAGCAACAGCAGCAGCCUCAGCAGCACCAGCCAAUCCCGCCUCCCGCGAGCUACUUCAACGCUCCUCCGCCUCCUCCGCCACCCGUCCUCGCUCAGCAACCUGGCGCGCCGUCGCUCACCACUCAAGCGCAAGGCGACAUCAACCUCGGUCGCGGCGUCCCCUUGCACGCCAUCCCGCCCGAUGCGCCCCUCUGCAUCGUCGGCUUCAAAGCAGGUCGCAAGGACCUCUUCUUCUGCGAAGACCCGAACCUCCAUCUCGAAGAGGGCGACCUCGUCAUCGUCGAAGCCGACCGCGGUCGCGAUGUCGGCAAGUACCUCAAGAGUUGCACGGUCGACGAGGUGCACAAGUUCCAGCAGCACUUGGUCGAGCUUGCGUUGGGCCAGUUGGCGAACCCUGCGGCGCAGGGCGCGCAGGGUGGGAUGAUGGGCGGAUUGCAGGGGAUGGGAGGGAUGGGCGGCGGAGCGCAGGGUGGAGGAGGAGCGGGUGGAGCGGCGGGCCCGGCGCAGCUCGCGCGCAUGACGAAGGAGUGUCAGCCCAAGCGUAUCUAUGGCAAGGCUGGACCGGCCGACACCCAUGCGCUCCUCGCCAAGGCCCAGGACGAGGUCAAGGCGCUCGCGCUCGUCAGGAGCAAGGUCGCUCAGAAGGGCCUGCCGAUGGAGAUCCUCGACGCCGAGUGGCAAUGGGAUCGCCGCAAGUUGACGUUCUACUACACCGCCGAUCAGCGCGUCGACUUCCGCGAACUCGUCCGCGAGCUGUUCCGCAUCUGGAAGACUCGCGUCUGGCUCUGCUGCCUCGACCAGCAACAGCCUUCGUUCGACCUCGUCUGA